AUGGAAAAUGGUAAGUCUGCAUUAUGUUCUUCAGGUCGAGUUCCAAAAAUUGAAAGGAAAAUUGCUGAGAAGAACAGAAGAGAUCGGAUGAAGAUUCUCUACACGAACCUCCUCUGUCUCCUACCAAAUCAUGGCUCCAAGAAAGCCAUGUCAUUGCUUGAUCAAAUAAAUGAAGUUGUGACAUACAUCGAAAGUUUAAAGAUGAAGGUGGAGGAGAUGAAGGAGAAGAAGAAAUACUUGUUGCAAAGGAAAAGAUCACAUUCUUGCAUUACAAGUGAAAUUCAAGCCAACACAAAGUCUUCACCGCCUUUAGUAGAAAUUCAUGAUAUGGGACCAAAUAUGGAUGUCAUUUUAGUUGUUGGGCUUGAUGAUUUAUCAAAGUUUUACAAGAUACUACACUUGCUUCAUGAAGAUAGUAUUGAAGUUGUCAAUGCAAAUUUUUCUAAGCAUGGACAUUCCACCUUCCAAAUCCUCCAUGACAAGAUUGGAAAAUCAAGACUGGGAAUUGGAGCUACAACAAUGUCAAAAAGGCUAAAUGACUUGAUUUGUGGAUCCACAUGCCGUCAAGUAGAAUCAAAUUUAGAUAUAUGGGAUUGUGAAAUCAAAUCUGAUAUUUGCUGGUUCGAUAUUCCAGAAGUUAUAGAUGACUACAGGAGUUUAGCAUAUUGUCAAGGGUUUGAAAAUAGUCAUGCUCACGGUGGAUGCUAG